GGAUCUCCUUCGCUGUGCACAGCACCUGCCACCUAGUACUACAAUUCAAACAUUCAUCACAAAACCCCACCCCCCCGCUCUCUCUCUCUCUCUCUCUCUCUCUCUCUGUUGUAUGAUUACAAAUCCGCUCGAAUCGUCGAUAUGAACGAUGUAGAAUAACACCUCUCCGAUAUGGAUCUCUCAGCUGCAGCAACAACUUCCCCUUAUCUCUCAUCCACCUCAUCCUCAGCUUCCGCGAACUCCUGGUUUUCCGGCAUUGUUCGCGGCCGCGGCGACCGCUCCGGCAGCGCCAAGAUGUCCAACAACUCCUCCGCCGCCGACGUCGGUGGCCCGGUCAAUCGCAAGAAGCAGUUCCGAGGAGUCAUGUUCAAGUACGGUCCCAAACCUAUUCAGGUUGCAUUCAAAACCGGUGAUUAUAAGCAACAAGUCAUUUUCAUUGGUGGAUUAACUGAUGGAUUUUUGGCCACUGAAUACUUGGAACCUCUGGCAAUUGCUUUGGAUAAAGAGAAAUGGUCUCUAGUUCAGUUUCUGCUCUCAUCUUCGUAUACUGGAUACGGCAUCACAAGCUUAAAAGAAGAUGCUAUGGAGCUUGACCAAUUGAUCAGCUACUUAAUCAACAAGGAAGAUUCCGAGGGUGUAGUACUGCUUGGUCAUAGUACUGGCUGUCAGGAUAUUGUAUAUUACACGCGGACCAGUGCUCCAUGCUCCAGAGCAGUGCGUGCUGCUAUCUUGCAGGCUCCUGUUAGUGACCGGGAAUAUAGAGCAACACUUCCUGAAACAGCUGCUAUGAUUGACUUGGCUUCAGAAAUGAUAGGUGACGGUCGGGUGUCAGAGUUAAUGCCAAGGGAAGCAAAUCCCGAUGCCCCAAUCACUGCCUCUAGAUAUCACUCCCUUUGUGCGUACAAUGGGGAUGAUGACAUGUUUAGUUCUGAUCUUAGUGACGAUCAGCUGAAAAUGAGACUUGGGCACAUGACAAACACACCUUGCCAGGUUAUCUUUUCAAUGGCUGAUGAAUAUGUGCCAGAUUACGUUGACAAGAAAGCGUUAGUCGACAGAUUGUGCAGAGCAAUGGGGGGUGCAGACAAAGUCGAAAUUCAACAUGGAAACCAUUCGCUGUCUAACAGAGUCGAAGAAGCUGUCCACGCAAUAAUAGACUUCGUUAAAAGAGACGGACCCAAAGGAUGGGACGAUCCGUGGAGCUAAUUCGUUCACUCCCUUGUACCAUUUUAUGCUUUUGAUUUAUUUUUUUCCCCCUACAUUUUCUGUUCUUGUUUUUUUAUCCUAUUCUCAGUGUAGCAUCUUUUUCCCACAUUGGUUUAUUACCCUUUUCCUAUGUUAGUGGUUGGAGAGAUUGAAAGGUUGUGAGUCUGAAGUUACAUAAAUGUAUUUGAGGAGAGAGAUUCAUUUCCAGUGUUUCAUCCUGCGGAAGAGAUGAAAACAUGAAUUUGGAGUUGUGUUAUAAGAUUUAAUUUAGUAGAGAAAGAAAAGGUAAAGGUUUUCACUUCCUA